UUUAAGGAUUUGCUGAGGUUGUUUGCUUGUCUAUUCUACUGGUUUUUUAAUGGAGAUCUUCAUCAAAGGUAUUGGCUUUGGGGAUAUUUUGUAAGCUUCUGAUGCUUUUGAUUGGUAGAAUUGGGGGGAUCAUUGAGACAUAUAGGGCAAGGAUCAAUUGAGACAGGUACUUUUGAUUGCUUAGAAAAUCUGGGUUUUGUUUCAAAUUCGAGUUGUUUUGUGUAGCAUAAAUCUGUGGUACUUAGAACUUGGUUGAUGUUCAUGUUUAUGAAUCUGAACACAUCGGUCUCAUUGGGAAGAUCUUGUUAGUUUCAACAUGAGUAUUAGUACCAGCAGCAAUAAGACAAUAGUUCGGUUUAGUAGAGACCUUAGGAUUGAAGAUAAUCCUGCUUUGGCCGCCGCCGCGGUCUAUAUAUGGUGUUCCGAUGAGGAAGAGCAGUUCUAUCGCCGUCGAGUAUCGCAAUGGUGGCUGAAGCAGUCUCUUUCUCAUUUGGAGCAGACUUUGAAGUCUCUUGGUUCGGAACCUGUGCUGAUCAGGACAUAUAGUACUCUUUCAGCUCUUUUGGAGUGCAUUGGCGCUACCUGUGCGACUAAAGUCGUGUUCAACCAUCUUUAUGAUCCGGUUUCGUUAGUUCGAGAUCAUAACGUCAAAGAGAAACUGGCAGAAGUUGGCAUUUCUGUGCAAAGCUAUAAUGCAGAUCUGUUAUAUGAACCAUGGGAGAUAUAUGAUGAGACGGGGCGAGCUUUUACGACGUUCGACGUGUAUUGGGACAAGUGCUUGAACAUGCAAAUGGAACCCAUUCCACUUCUUCCCCCAUGGAGAUUGCUGCCUGUUGCGGUGAAAGGAACCGUAGGAAGAUGCUUGAUCGAAGAUUUGGCCUCGAAAACGAAACAAAACAAGCUAGAAAUUCAUUGUUAGGAAGAGCAUGGUCUCUAGGUUGGGGCAAUGCCGAUAAGGCUCUAUCUGAGUUUGUUGAACGGAAUCUAUUCGACUAUUUGAAAAGUAGGCUUAAGGUCGGGGCAACUCCA